AUGCGCUCAAUUUGUCUUAUUAUCGCCAUUGCACUGUGCCUGGUGCAGUUAGUGCUGGCAGCGGAAGACUAUUACAAGAUCUUGGGGCUGGACAAAUCGGCUUCAGACAGGGAUAUUAAAAGGGCAUAUCGAACACUGAGCAAGAAAUAUCACCCCGAUAAGAACCCAGGUGACGAGACUGCACGUGAGAAAUUCGUCGAAAUCGCCGAGGCAUACGAUGUUCUUUCUACAUCAUCCACGCGCAAGAUCUACGAUCAAUAUGGACACGAGGGACUCGAGCAGCACCGAAAGGGGGGGAAAGCAGGACACGAUCCGUUCGACUUGUUUUCGCGGUUUUUCGGCGGCGGCGGUCAUUUCGGACAUGCCCCGGGACAUCGGAGGGGUCCGGAUAUGGAAUAUAAGAUUGGGUUGCCGCUCCGCGAUUUCUACAAUGGUCGGGAGGUGACGUUUAACUUGGAGAAGCAGCAGAUCUGCGAUGCGUGUGAGGGUACGGGGUCGGCGGAUCGCGAGGUUAUUACUUGUGACCGGUGUUCGGGACAUGGCAGGAUUAUUCAGAAGCAUAUGCUGGCGCCUGGGAUGUUUCAGCAGGUCCAGAUGCCUUGUGAUAAGUGUGGUGGGCAAGGCAAGAUGAUCAAGAAGCCUUGUUCGGUGUGUCAUGGACAUCGGGUUGUUCGCAAGGAGGUGGAGACGUCGUUUACUGUGGAACCUGGAAUGGGCAAGGGGACGCGCAUUGUAUACGAGAACGAGGCCGAUGAGAGCCCCGACUAUAUUGCUGGUGAUUUAGUGUUGAUUUUGGACGAGCGGGAGCCCGAGCAGGUUGAUUAUCAGUUUCAGUCGGACGGCACCUUCUUCCGAAGGAAGGGCAAAGAUCUAUUCUGGAGGGAAGCACUAUCGCUAAGGGAGGCUUGGAUGGGCGAGUGGACGCGCAAUAUCACUCAUCUGGACGGCCAUAUCGUCCGUCUUGGACGCAAACGUGGUGAGGUCGUGCAACCCUUGUCUGUAGAAACAGUCAAGCACGAGGGCAUGCCAUUCUACUCGGACGGUCAUCUCCACGAAAGUCAUGGCGAAGAUGAAGAGCCGGGAAAUCUGUAUGUGGAGUACAGAGUGAUCCUCCCUGACCAGAUGGAAAGUGGAAUGGAGAAGGAGUUCUUCGCGCUAUGGGAGAAAUGGCGCAAGAAGAACGGAGUUAGCUUGGAUACGGACAGCGGUCGGCCUGCACCAUCAGUAAAGGACGAACUAUGA